AUGCAUAUCCAGAGCAUUCCGCGAGAGCACAUCUCAACCCUGACUAAAAUCCUCCAGUUCCCUCCUGAUGUCGAAGCACGCGAACACAUCAAAUCGUUGGCAAGUCUCGUCAAACUACUACCUUAUACUCUUCGCACCAGCCGGGCGGAGAGGAUCAUACUUCGAACUCAGGGAAGCCUUUGCAGUCUUCACAACUUCUUAGACCUCGAGACCGUGCAGACCAUCCUGGGCAAGAUCAAGGUCGAGAUCGGUUCUCGCCUCAACAGUAUCGUCAGCCAACGCCAACUCCUCAGCCCCGAGCAAGGAAACUGCAUCACACAGCUUCGGCACUUGCACGCUCUGUGGAUACCGCAAUACGAGUUCGAAAAGACCUUUCUGUGCCGCACCGCUGAGACUAACUGGACCUAUGAGACAUCGCGAUGCGAGGCAUGCAUCAUCAGUCGAAUUGCCGGGGAUUUGGAAUCUCUGCUCAAUCUGAGAUGUACAGUGAGAUCGCGCGCGACGAGCAAGCACGUUGCGAAACAUGGCUUUCCACGACUGCAAGUAUGGAUCGACAAUUGGAUUGAGCAUUUGCACCACCGCUUUUCAGGAACAGGACAGAUUAUGGACUUGGACAAGGUCAUUGCGAAGAACGACGAGGACGGUGCUGCUCUAAUGACAGCGCGAAGCAAGGUUCAUGAGUUUCGCACACAACAACAUGGCAUUGUUCACGUGGAUCUCUUGAAGCAUGGUCAACACGCUCGACCUGGAAAACAGCCUCUGAAUGAAACUGUUGACGACGAGUCCGACGCCAGUGCUGAUCCCAGCUCGAAAGGCCAGAGUCCUUACGGGAACCGAACAUCUCUGAAGCGAGGCAAGUCGGAGAUGGUGUACAGUGUCGACCUUGAGACUCUUGCGUCUGGUCCCUCGCGGAUGCAGAAAUGCGAGUUUGGAGUGAAGGAGGAGGAGGAGGAGGAGGAGGAGGAGGAGGAGCAGAGACCAUACAUCCCACCCAGACAGAACUGGAACAAAAACCGAGUAUCUAGAACUUCAACAGUCCCGCGUCCAGCAGCACAGCCAAAUCCACGAGGUCGUCCCGCUCGCAGAGAUAGCUGGGAAACCGAGUCACUGGAAAGCACCUAUUUCUCAGGCGCCACGUCAAGCUUGUAUCCGCGUCCUCAAAAGCGUGCAGCACCAGCAGCACCAGCAGCAACAACAACAAGAGCACCUCGCCCACGAGGAGGUCCAGCGGAGACAUAUGAGAAAUUGAUCGGGCCCUUCCCAGCCGACUCUGUCGCGGAGACGAUUGGGCUGUAUUCUAACGCCGACGACAACAGCAGACGAUCAGGUGAGCCGGAUCCCGGUGCUCUUGAAACAUUACCGCAAACCACUUAUGAUCCUCGUCGAAGCCUGGAUGCACAUGCAUAUGCACAUUGGCACUCGGCAUCGCAGUCGCGCGCCCCAUCACCAUCGCCGUCGACAGCAUCCUACACCACAACAGACAGCGACUUUACCUUUGAGGAAUUGGGGCAGGGCAGUGCGGCUACAACGGCCAUCUUCAUCCUCGAUGAGAGCAGCGGCGAGAGUGGCGGGAUGAGCAGCAGCCCUACAUCACCGCCGCCGCGGCCGCGGCCGCAGCAGCAGCAAGCUCAGCUUUCACCCUGUUCCUCGUCGCGAUGGGAAGAUUUCUACGAAAGUCAAACCAGACUACGUGACGAUCUGGAUUGGUUCUAUCACCAGGAGGGAAAAUGA